AUGUCACCCCACGCCCCUAGCUUUGUGGACAGAAUGUCACCCCACGCCCCUAGCCAUGUGACCAGAAUGUCACCCCACGCCCCUAGCCCUGUGACCAGAAUGUCACCCCACGCCCCUAGCCCUGUGGAUAGAAUGUCACCCCACGCCCCUAGCCCUGUGGAUAGAAUGUCACCCCACGCCCCUAGCCCUGUGGAUAGAAUGUCACCCCACGCCCCUAGCCCUGUGACCAGAAUGUCACCCCACGCCCCUAGCCCUGUGGAUAGAAUGUCACCCCACGCCCCUAGCCCUGUGGAUAGAAUGUCACCCCACGCCCCUAGCCCUGUGGAUAGAAUGUCACCCCACGCCCCUAGCCCUGUGGAUAGAAUGUCACCCCACGCCCCUAGCCCUGUGGAUAGAAUGUCACCCCACGCCCCUAGCCCUGUGGAUAGAAUGUCACCCCACGCCCCUAGCCCUGUGGAUAGAAUGUCACCCCACGCCCCUAGCCCUGUGACCAGAAUGUCACCCCACGCCCCUAGCCCUGUGACCAGAAUGUCACCCCACGCCCCUAGCCCUGUGACCAGAAUGUCACCCCACGCCCCUAGCCCUGUGACCAGAAUGUCACCCCACGCCCCUAGCCCUGUGGACAAGAAUGUCCCACCAUGCUCCUGGCCCCUGUUGAACCUGUAUGAUGACUUGCUGAACCUUUAUGAUGACUUAUUCGACUUCUAUAUGAUGACUUGCCGAGCUCAAAGCUGUAACCAUUCGUUCCGGAUAAUUAGAAUUCUCGAAGAAAUGUUUUCGGUCUAA